UCCAUCUUCUACAUCAUCUACACAUCUACACAAUGUCCGGACGACAAGGAGGAAAAGCAAAGCCUUUAAAGGCACCCAAGAAGGAGAAGAAGGAGCUCGACGACGAGGACAAGGCCUUCCAGGAGCGAAAGAAGGCCGAGGCUGCUGCUCGCAAGGAGUUGGCUGCGAAGGCCGCCAAGGGCGGUCCCCUCGCUACCGGCGGAAUCAAGAAGUGUGUAUCCUAGUCUUGUGUCUUCUGCAUCCAACACAUGCUAUCUUGUUUACGAUUGUGAUACUAACAGUGAUGAAUAGGUCCGGCAAGAAAUAAAUAGUUA